AUGACAAACGAUAUUGAAAUCUUGAAGAAACAAGUCGAUGAUUUGCAUGCCAUUCUUAAGAAGCAAAGCUUGUUGAUAUCAAAGACCGGUGAAAGUGUUAUGCAAUUACAAUUGGAUAAACAGAGAGCUGAUGUUAAGAAAUUUGACGAUAAUUUUUCUACUCUGAAAGUGAAAGAGUCAGCCAUUGAUCCAACAGAUUUCGCCACUAAUGGAGACCUGGUAGAAUUAGUCGGGGAAUUACAAGGAGAGUUAAGCCAUAUCGAGGAAAGAGCGAUAAGGAGAACAAUAAACUCGACUAAGACUGAUUCGAACGACACGUUGGCUCCAAUGCCCAAUCUUGAUGGUGAUAUUCCAACGUUAAAGGAAAAACACUUAUUUGUUGCAACUUUAGGAAAGUUUGAGAACAUAGGAGACGAACAAUUGUACAGAUUGGCCAAGUUUUAUGAACGUUUACCACCUGCAAUGAAGGAAGAAGAAGACUUUGCAAAGAUUGUAUCCGGAAAAGUGGAAGAGAUCAACAUUAAUGAAAUAUCCGAUGCAGAGAUAAGGGAAGAAUUAAAGAAAUACUCGAAAGAGGAACUAAAUGAAAUAUUUAAUGAAGUGGCAAGAUAUUUGGGUGUCCGUUGCAGAAGAGGUGCAAACAUUUGGUAA